AUGCCAAAAUAAAAAUUUAUAUCAAGUUGAGGGAAUUGCCGAUGGAUUUGACCUAUUAUUUUAUAGUUAAAUAUGAUAGUACUAUAUGACAAGAAAUUGUCUCCUUUCCUUAACUACUGCUCUCCUAGUGUCCACGCAUCAAUCUUACUAAGAUGAAAAAUCAGAAGCCCACCAAUCCCAUCGUUCUUCUUUCAUUACAUGGUCCCAAAUAAUUGAAAGAUAUUCACCCAACUCUAAUCUCCAAUGUUACAUGUCAACCACAAGGCUUCAAAUCUAACGUGUCCUUCAAACACACCCCUGAAAAUCAGCCAUGAUAAGAAGCAGAUAAGGCCUUAUUCAUUUUCAACCGUCAGAUCAAUUCAUCCUCUCAUCCAACGGUCAAAAUACCCUCUUCCAUAUAUCAAAAAUCAGUACCUUGUUCUCCAAUAUAAUCAACUAUAGGCUCUACAUUUUCACCACAUCAAUUUGCCCAGUUCUCACAACCCUCCCUUACAUACUAUGGCCACUUCCGCCGCAACAUCCUCAUUUAUCGGAACACGUCUUCCGGAAAUCCACUCUGGUGCGGCUAGAGUACAAGCCCGAUUUGGGUUUGGACAGAAAAAGGCCGCACCAAAAAAGGCUCCCAAAAAGCAAAUUCCAGACAGACCAUUAUGGUACCCCGGUGCCAAAGCACCGGAGUACCUAGACGGUAGCCUUGUUGGUGACUAUGGAUUCGAUCCUUUCGGUUUGGGAAAACCAGCUGAGUACUUGCAAUUUGAUUUGGACUCGUUGGACCAGAAUUUGGCUAAGAAUCUGGCUGGUGACAUUAUUGGAACAAGGACUGAAGUUGCUGAUGUGAAAUCCACACCUUUCCAGCCUUACAGUGAGGUGUUUGGACUAGAGAGGUUCAGAGAAUGUGAACUGAUCCAUGGAAGAUGGGCUAUGUUGGCUACUCUUGGUGCACUCACUGUUGAAUGGCUCACUGGUAUUACCUGGCAAGAUGCUGGAAAGGUUGAGUUGGUUGAGGGAUCAUCCUACUUGGGACAGCCACUCCCAUUCUCCAUUACAACAUUGAUCUGGAUUGAGGUACUUGUCAUUGGAUACAUUGAAUUCCAAAGGAACGCUGAGCUUGACCCUGAAAAAAGGCUUUACCCUGGUGGAUCAUACUUCGACCCAUUGGGCCUUGCUGCUGAUCCUGAGAAAAAGGCCACACUUCAACUUGCUGAAAUCAAGCAUGCCCGUCUUGCCAUGGUUGCUUUCUUGGGCUUUGCCGUCCAAGCUGCUGCUACCGGAAAAGGUCCACUUAACAACUGGGCUACCCACUUGAGUGACCCGCUUCACACUACCAUUUUCGACACCUUUGGCUUCUUCUCCUAAAGCUGAGGAUGGUUUUUACGUAUAUUAAUUAUUAUAUUCAUCUUCAUUGUCUGUAAAAAUUGUAACAUUUGACACUUCAAGGAGAAGCCUAUAUCAGACUUAUUGUAAGUUUGAUCUUAUCAUUCAGUAUCACUAGCUUGCA